AUGGCCACCGAUUUGAAGGCAGCUGUGUCCGAUACGACCAUUGAUGCAGGGGUCGCUCCCUCUGAGGUGGUCUAUGAGGAGCCCUCACUGCUCCGCAAGUUCCUGUAUGACCUUGUGCUAUGGAUAUUCACAGUUGUCUUUGAUUGUUUUUUUCGAGAAAUUCGGCCUAGAGGGGCCUUCCGACUUCCGAGAUCGGGUCCGAUCAUUUUCGUGGCCGCUCCCCACGCCAACCAGUUCGUUGACCCGAUAAUAUUAAUGGGACAGGUUAAGAACGAGACAAAUUUGCGGAUCUCUUUUUUGAUAGCGGAAAAAUCGCAUAAACGGAAGUUCAUUGGGCUCAUUUCCCGGUCACAAAUGGCCAUUCCGGUUGCCCGGGCCCAGGACAGUCUCAAGUCGGUUUCCGGAGUGAUACGACUUGAUCCCACCAACAAUUUGAAGGUGUUGGGCGAGAAUACCCGCUUUACUACUGACUGUGAGUCUCGUGGGUUAGUGGGACUUCCAAACUCCCUCGGUUCGGCCGAAAUUGCCGAUAUCGAGUCCGAUACAGUGAUGUACCUCAAGAAACCUUUCCGCUAUUCUAAUGACCAGGUUGCUGAAAAGGCAGAUGCACUGUUGUCUAGUGGUUCUCCAUUUAAGACUGCUCCCCGUGUUGACCAGGCCAAGGUUUAUUCCAGGGUUUUUGAACACCUUUCCCACGGCCAAUCCCUGGGAAUCUUUCCUGAAGGCGGGUCUCACGACCGCACGGACCUGCUUCCUCUGAAGGCUGGUGUUGCCAUAAUGGCUCUUGGAACCAUGGCCAGCCAUCCAGGAACAAAAGUGAAGAUAGUUCCUUGUGGAAUGAACUAUUUUCAUCCCCAUAAGUUUCGUUCGCGCGCAAUUGUGGAGUUUGGGCAUCCAAUAGAAGUUCCUGAAGAGCUCGUGAACCGCUACAACAGUCCAGAAACCUCUAAGGAUGCAGUCAGAGAGCUUCUCGAUGUGAUCACCAAGGCUUUGAAGAGUGUCACCGUGACUUGCCCUGACUAUGAGACCCUAAUAGUUGUUCAAAUGGCCAGAAGAUUGUACUCCAACAACUUGUCGUCAAGGCUCUCGCUCGAAUCCAUAGUGGAGAUGAACAGAAGACUGGUUUUGGGCUACCAGCACUUCAAGCACAAACCCGAAGUUCAGCAGCUAAAAGAGAAGAUCCUCAGUUACAACGAGAUGCUCAAGCUGAUGCGGAUCCCAGACCAUCUUAUCGAGGAGGCCCAACCCACUCUUGCCAUAGUAACGUUUCUCAGACUUGUCGCAAAUGCAUUUCAGGUGAGUAUUCUCGGAAUUUUGGCUCUUCCAGGCUUCCUUUUGUUCUCACCUGUGUUCGUAGCAACGAAGAAGAUCAGCGAUAAGAAGCGGAGAGAAGCCCUUGCUGGCUCUACUGUGAAGAUCAAGGGCAUUGAUGUCUUAGCCACAUGGAAAAUCCUCGUUUCUCUCGGAUUUGCUCCCAUCCUUUACACCUUCUAUUCGGUCCUAGGAACGUAUAUCCUCAAGACACGGUACCAGUUCGAGACUUCUGUGAUUUACACCUUCUUCGGGUUAUAUUUGGUGUCAGUAGUGAUCACCUACUCUGCGCUUGUCUUUGGGGACAAGGGAAUGGACAACUUCAAAAGUUUGAGGCCAUUGUGGCUGGCUUUGAUUGACAAAAAGGGCAUUCUGAAACUUCGUGAAACCCGAGAAGAACUUAGCAGGGAAAUCACUCAGGCCGUGAACGAUUUCGGACCAGAGCUGUUCCCAGACUUUAGCCUUUUGGACUAUCAGGAGAAGCAGGAGGCGAAGCGUAAAGCCCGCGAGUCUCGCAGAAGACGCAGAGAGAGGAAGCGUGACACUACCACCACUCUGGAUACUUCUGAUGAGGAAGAAGAAUUCAAGACUCAAGAGUUGCGCAAUAGAAGGGCCUCAAGAAAGGCCAAGGCUCAGGCUUUGAUGGGAGCGCCUUCUUUGUUGGAGCUGGGAUCAGUGCCGAUCUUCAGUAAUGACAAUGGUGAUAUCGGCACUUCUUCCGUGGGCAUUACCAGUGCUAGUGAGGCCGAGCCUUCAACUGCAGAGACGAGUGAGGCUGAGGCUGAUGAGCCGAAGCUGGGGAAUUUGAUUCGGGAUCAGAUUUUUGAGAAUAGGGAGAAGAAUCUGUGA